CCUUCCUCCAAAAAAUACAAUCGUGAAGCCAACAAGUCGAAACGAGCGCGUCCUCAAGAAGACGGCAAACGGACAGCAGCAUUCAGGGCCGAUUCAGAGCAGCUUUCGUACAAUUCAUUCAACUCAGUCCGCACGAACAACAUCUCACAGCAAUGUCCGGCCAACGGUGGAUCGUCCCAAUAGAGCCCCUCUUCCCGCUCCUCCUCAUCGGGGGAAUGGGCUGGGUCAUGAAGUCUGGGCUGGCGGCAUAUCAGAAGUACGAGAACUACGGAAAGCCGAAACGAUGGAACGUCGACCGCUGGGACCGACGCAUGAUGGAGCGGGACAGUCGCUUGACCGGAAACGUCAACUUCCAAAGGGCCGAAGUAGAGGCACCGACAGCGUUCCUGACCAACAGCGCAUGGGAACUCGAGCGACCAUUCUGGUAGAGCCCAUCGAGAGCGGAUAGGAAUGGAAUGAUGGGACCCUUUCUUUGUAUACCAGCGAGAGUUUUUUUCGUAGACUAUAUGCAAAACGAUGGCUUUUGCAGAAUACAACAUGUUCAGAACGAUUUGAUGGGUUGUUUGGAUGCCCUUGAGGAGUGCGGUCGGGAGCGGAGCGUCUGCGUGC